AUGCCUCAGAGGGACGCCCACGUGAAGCUUUCCGGGGACGACACCGCGACCGAAGGACUGCCUAAUGGCACCCAAGCUCCGGAGCCUACUUCGUCCUGCCGGCAUGACUUCGGUGUGCCCUCAGAAAGCUCUGGCAGUCCCAUCCCAGUCCCUGUGGCUAUCUGCGGCAUGGCCAUGAGACUGCCAGGCGGCAUCAGCACCGAAGAGCAACUCUGGGAUUUUCUUGUGAACAAAGGAGAUGCGCGUGACACGAUUCCGGCGGACCGGUACAAUGUGGAUGGCUUCUUCGGUGGUACUAAGGGGAAGAGCAAUUGGUCAGUGCCCAAUGAUGAGUCGAAAGGCGGUAUCCCAUCUUCGGCGGGCGUCCCGGGUAUGGCCUACGGUUACAUGCUGAAAGAUGCCGACCUUGCCCACUUUGAUGCCCCAUUGUUCUCUAUGACGCAAAAGGAGCUUGAGUGGAUAGACCCUCAGCAACGUCUUCUUCUCGAAGUAACACGGGAGUGUCUUGAGAACGCCGGCGAAGUGAAUUGGCGCGGCAAGGACAUUGGAUGUUAUAUUGGGUCAUGGGGUGAUGACUGGUUGGAGUUAAUGUCCAGGGACACGCUGGACUCACAUGUCUACAAGAUAACCGGCCACGCAGACGCCAUGCACAGCAACAGGGUCUCAUACGAAUACGAUUUCAAAGGACCUAGAACAGCAACGGAGUCAUUGCUUCGGCAAGGUGUCUUGAGCCCCCAGGCUUCUUGCCGCACAUUCGACGCCGAAGCAGACGGAUAUGCCCGCGCGGAAGCUGUCAACAUGGUGUAUCUGAAGCGGCUUGACGAUGCUCUCCGAGACAAGAAUCCUAUUCGGGCUGUCAUUCGUUCGACGGCCAGCAACUGCGACGGCAAGACCGCAGGGAUCUCACACCCUAGUAGCGAGAGUCACGAAGCACUCAUUAGAUCAUGCUACCUUGCUGGCGGGAUCCGAGACUUCACUCAGACAGGGUUUGUGGAGUGUCAUGGGACAGGAACUCGCACGGGAGAUCCAAUCGAAACCGCAGCUGUUGCCAAUGUUUUCGGCGGGAAAGGCGUGUACAUUGGCUCAGUGAAGCCAAACUUAGGCCACUCUGAGGGUGCUUCGGGGCUCACGUCCCUCAUGAAAUGCAUCCUGGCACUGGAACACAAGACGAUACCGCCGAACAUCAAGUUUAGCAAGCCAAACUCUGAUAUCCCCUUCGAACAAGCCGGCCUUAGAGUCCCCAUCGAGAACACCCCUUGGCCUGAAGAUCGCCGCGAGCGAGUGAGUAUCAACUCGUUCGGCAUCGGUGGGGCUAACGCUCAUGUGGUAUUGGACUCGGCGGAGUCCUUUGGCGUCGGUAAACACAGUCGUAGGGGUGGUCCAGCCUUGAGGCCAAGGUUACUAGCAUUCACUGCAAAUCAUGUGGAGUCAGUUCGAAAGGGAGCCAGCAGAUAUGCACAGUUCCUCGAGGCGAAUCCAGAAGCCAUUGACGAUGUUUCGUACACUCUGGAUACUCGCCGAGAGCACCUUUCGCACCGGGCUUUCGCCGUUGCUGAUGGCAUCUCAUCACCAGAGUUCUCUCCUCCAGCGCGAAUCCCAGCCCGAGCCCCUGAAGUCAUCUUCGUUUUCACCGGCCAAGGAGCUCAGUGGGCUACCAUGGGGUCCCAACUGGUUGCUGAUUUUCCCGCAGUGCUGGGGGAUCUCGACAUAAUGGACCAAGCACUCUCAGGGCUGGGCUAG